AAAGAUAUUGCAGUGAUGAAACCAUACAGAAGCGACUCUCCACCUCUUCACUUUAAGUUGGAAAUAAAUUCAUACUCCUCCUUAUUGACGACGCUAGCAAAAAAGUACGAAUCUAAAGUGUUUGAAGCUGGCGGUCACACAUGGAGGUUGGCUGUUUACCCAAGUCAAAUGAUAAAUGGAGAGAAGUACAUCUCCCUCUACUUGGCAAAAGCGAAGACAAAGAAUAAUGGUAUUAUUAACUCUGUGGUGUCAGCUCUUAGGGGGCAGGCGGAGGUUUAUGCUACUUUUAGAUUGUCUGUAUUUGAUCACAACCAAAAGAAUUACUUUACCGUCGAAGAUAAUGCUGGAGCAUUAAGCCGAUUUGAGAGUGGGACUGAGGUAGGUUUUGCAAAAUUUCUUCCCCUUCAUACUUUCCAGCGCCAUUCAGAGGGAUUCAUUUCCAAUGACUGCUGCACAUUUGGGGCCGACGUUUUCGUCUCUACGAAUAAAAGGACACUUCACAGGGAAUCGCUUUCCCUCGAGACACCUGCCAUUCGCAAUCGUACUUUCCGUCGUGAUUUGGGACAGUUCUCCACACAAUUUGACAUGGAGUACGCAUUUCCACAGUUGAUCAUUGUUGGAGGAAGAAAAUGGCAGUUAUGUGUUUAUCCGAAAGGUUACAGGAAAGAGAAGAACAAAUCACUAUCAGUUUACCUACGAUCGGCCGACGAUUUGGACACGCUUCCCAGUGUUUAUGCAGAAUUCAAGGUUCGGGUAAUUGAUCGAACCCUUAAGACGCACAAUACUGAACGGAGAGGCAACCACUGGUUCUCGUCCUCAGACUGCAUUUCUGGUUGGCCAGAUUUUAUGCCGUUGCGAACUCUAAAGGGGUUCCUUAAGGGUGAUAUAUUAUCUGUUGAAGUUGAAAUGCUGGCUGUGUCUACGUUCAAUUAUUACUAUUUGGAUAAUAUACUUUUUCCUGGCCGGUGCAUUGUAGUCAAGCCACAUGGAAAUAUAUGUACACCUGGCUCUAUCAGCAUUUCUGCAACUGCAAUGGCGAAAUUUGAUAUUCCAGAGAUGAGAGAAUACAAAAGAGAGUAUCCACCAGAGCACUUCAUCGUGGAAAUAAAGCCAUACUCCUUGCUAUCAAACACCAAAGCAGAAAAGUACGAGUCUGGUGUCUUUGAUGCUGGUGGUUACAGAUGGAGGCUGUCAUUUUACCCAAAUUAUGAAACAACAAGUAAGAAGGGUUACAUCUCCCUCUUCUUGGUAUUAAUAGGGAGUGUGUCCGGGAAGCAGUCGCCGGCCGAAGUUUAUGCCACUUUUAGAUUGUUUUUAUACAAGAAUACACCCGAAACACAGGAAUACUUGACCAUAGAAGAUGGUUCUGGAAAAGUAAAUCACUUUCAUGAGGAGAUGAGGCCGGAGUUGGGUUUUGCAAAAUUUCUUCUCCGUUCGACUUUCGAGAAACGGUCUGAGGGAUACGUUUGGGACGAUUGCUGCAGAAUUGGGGCAGAGGUUUUUGUUCAUAAGGGCCAAACGAAAACUCUUGACGAAUAUCUUCCCCCCCGGGAACUCAAAAAUCCAACCUCAAGUGUCCGUAAGUUUAGGUUGGGAAGCAUCUCAUCAAAACGUGACCCGAAGUGUCUAUCUUCAGAUAAAUUCCAUCUUCAAGGAAGAAAAUGGAAGUUAAGUGUUUGUCAGAAUGGAGAACCAGAGAACAAAUCACUAUCAUUUAUGUUAGAAUCGAAAGAAGAUUGGAAGAGCUUUCCGAGCUUUUAUGCGAAAUUCAGGGUUCGGGUAUUGGAUCGAGUCCAUGGUAAACAUACUACUGAAAAAGAAGUUCAACACUGGUUCUGUUCCUCAAACCGCAAAAUUGUUUUCCCAGACUUUAUGCCGUGGAAAACUCUCCGUGAUUCGUCGAAGGGGUUCAUUAAGAAUGAUGUAUUAACUGUUGAAGUAGAAAUAUGCUCGCUAUCUGUGGUUGAAGCUCCUAGAAUAUUAAAAAAACCAUUGUCUUCUGAUUAAGAUAGAUGGUUGCAGAUCUUUGAAUAGUAUUCGGAGCCCUUUGAGUAUAUAUGCUGUGCUAGAAUUUCUGAGUGGUGUAUCCAGAAUAUAUAAAAAUUCGUGUGAACUUUAUCAGAUACUUUUCAUGUUUGAAUUGUUCACAUAAAUAAAGGAUUAAUUUCUUGUGCUAGA